AUGUCUCUACCUAGUGCCGCUGAUAUGGAGCAUUAUUACCAAAAUUGUUACCCCUUUCCUGCUGUGUUUUCCUGGCUGAAUAGGAAAAAUCCUAAUGAUGAUAAUGGUGGUAUAGAAUCUGGUCAAGAGGGAGCCGAAAAUGAUAAUUGUAUCAGAACAAGAGAAUUUGCCAUGGCUUUUCGUUCAGGUGCCUAUAAACGUUACAACUCUAUCUCUACUUUAAGAGAGUUUAAAGAAAUGAUUUGCAAAUUUAAUCCAGAUAGAUUUGAAAUUGGUGCAAUCUAUAAUAAACCACCAAAGGAUAGGGAGAUACUAAUGAAAUCUGAAUUGGUACCGCAAAGGAAAGAAUUGGUGUUUGAUAUCGAUAUGGAUGACUAUGAUUCCUUCCGUACUUGUUGCCAAGGGGCUCAGGUAUGUCAUAAAUGCUGGAAGUUUAUCAUUUUAGCCAUGGAUGUUAUUAAUGUUGCACUAUCUGAAGAUUUUGCGUUUCAUGAUUAUUUGUGGGUCUUCUCUGGUAGGCGUGGUGCUCACUGCUGGUGUAAUGAUCAACGUGCAAUGGGUCUUACUGACAUACAGCGUAGAAAUAUUCUAGACUACUUAAAUGUUAUUAAGGAUAGGUCGUUAUCGAAAAGAUUAAAUCUAAAAAGACCCUACCACCCACAUUUGAGCCGUUCUUUGGAUAUGUUAAAACCUUACUUCAUGGAUUUUAUUUUGAUUGAACAAGAUCCCUGGAGAGAUAAUAAUAACGCAAUAAGGACUCUUUUACCCAAUAUAGGUGACAAGAUUUUGGUCGACGCCCUGACAAAGUUUUGGAUGAAUGAACAACCUAAUAGAUCUAGUCUUGAUAAAUGGAAUGAUAUAGAUGAUUUUGCUUCUAAUUUGAAAUUUAAUAAUAAUCAAAGACGUAAGGAAUUUAUGUUUAGACUGAAACAAUGGAAAGAAGAUAUUGUUAUGUUGAUUUUAUACCCAAAAUUAGAUAUUGAAGUCACAAGGCAACUGAUCCAUCUUUUAAAAGCACCAUUUUGUGUACAUCCAGCUACAGGGAACAUUUGUGUUCCUAUUAAUUCCAGCAGUUUUACUCCUGAUAAAGCACCAAAAUUGGUCACCAUUCAGGAAGAAUUUAAUAAUUCCAAUGGUCAACCGCCAAAAUCUUUACAACCUUUCAUUGAUUACUUCCAAAAUCAUGUAACUCAAUUUAAUAAUGAAUUUAAUAAGAAGAGGAAGUUAGAUUCAGAAGAAAUUAAAUCAGAAUAA